AUUCACAACAUUAAGUCAUCAUUUAACAGAUCAAUACUGUGAAACUGUAGUACAGUAAAACAUGACAUGAAUGACUGUUGAUUUCAAGUGGAACUCUUGAUUUUCCUUGUUUUAAAACAGAAAUUGUGCACACCCAGCCUUAAACAUGACACAAUGAUAAUAAAAACACAUACAAGCUGCCACUUAUGUUUACCUCAACUCUUGAUUUUGGUAGAAACAACAAUAUACGUAACAAAUUUAACAUUUUAUUCACAGUUUAUUGACCUUGACAACAAUAAAAUCAUCACAUUAUCAUGGUAAUAAAGUCAAAAAUCAGCGACGCAGAGAAAAUGCUGAUUUAAUUAAAGAUCUUUGGUCUGCUGUGAUCUUGUUGGCCUGUCUCAGCCCAGUGCUCUGCAGUUACUCCACCCCGUGUUUUCCCAUCAUCCCUUGCUGCUGUGUUUGGUUGGUUGGUGAGUGUGUGUGUGUGUGUUGAGUGUGUGUAGAGCUCAGACGGAGCAGGGACUGGGACGGUGGCUGCUGCUGCUGCUGCUCCUCUGUGUGUGUGUGUGUGUGUGUUUGGAGGCAGAGUAGUUGGUGGAUGUGGACACACUCUUCUGCUCCUGUGUUUUUAUCUCCCACCGACAUUUGAAUCACAAAAGAAGAAGGUUUGAGGCUGGAGGUGAGGGCGGCUGCUCGGCUGCUGCUCGGCGGGGGAUGUUCACACACACAAUGGGAGACUCAGCUCUGGCUCCGUCCUGAACGCCGCUCUAGAAUAAUAUUUACCCUCAGUCUGUGUGUAAUGGAGUGGUGGAUCCCGAAGCAGGAUCUGGAUCUGAGAGCAGGACUCAGGAGCAAGGACUCGCCGUCAUAAAGACUUCCUCUGCUCGGGUUGGAGUGUGUUGAUGUGGCCGGACAGAGCGCUGCUGUGAACCAGCAGCGGAGUGGACGACGAGCUGCCGGUUAAAUUCCUCUGGGAGAGACCACGGAAUGUGUUUCCUGUGUGAAAAUCCAGGCUGUUUUGCACAUCUGGAUCAGAGGGAAAUGUUUAAACUCAUGUUUCUGUCCGAGGAGUUGAGUUUAUAGAAAACAGAAGCGAGAUUUCCAGGAUCAUUCAGUGUGAAAGUGGAGCUGAGGCGGAGGAGGAGUGUGGUUCUUCAUCAGGGAUGUACCUCCUGGACAGUGGCUGCUCUGACGGCAUGGAGAGAGGAACUCCUCAGAGGAAAACCGUCUACCGCAUCUCCCUCACCUUAGUGAAGAGGGAGAGUCUGGACGACGACGGUGGAGGUCCGGUUCCACGGCGAGCCGAGAACUCAAAGGUGAGCACAUUCAGGAGGGAGAACUCGGUGGAGGUGCAGCGCGGCGGCCUGCUGGAGGAGCUGAGGGAGGUGGAGGACGAGUCCGAGGAGCUGUCGUCUUCAUCACACGGUUACAUGAGGAACUUCAGGACGUUCAGCACGGGGCAGCUGGAGCUGGGCAGGCUGAAAAUGGCCAGGAAGCAGCUGAGGGAUAAAGCUACCAGUCCGCUAGCAGAACAGGCUAAAGAAGCUCCAGCACACUUCCCUCUGGACGCUCCGAGGGAGAGCAAGAGUCCGGAAGCAGGGACUUCAGAAGAGAUCUGCCGUGAAUGUCCACAAACAGACGCUGCUGUGGAGAACGGAGGCGUGAACAAGAAGAAGAGGUUCCUGAAAGCAAAGAGCGUUGAGGAGAGAAGCUGUGCUGCUCCUCUGAACGGUGACAUGAAGAUGACACAGUCCAAAAGUAACGGGGACGCUCCGUUACCUGAGACGCCUCCUCUGAAGAUGGCGCAGUCUAAAAGUAACGGGGACGCUCCAUCACCUGAGACGCCUCCUCUGAAGAGGCCACCAGGUCUGCUGCGCCGCAGCUUCAGCUUCAGACACUGGACCGGUGUGGAGCUGCUGCGCCUGCGAGCGCUUUCCAAAGACAAACACCACAGCAGCUCCGGCUGCAUCAGCCGAGACUCCACGCCGCCCGGCGCGUCCGCCAGUGAGGUUGUUUCUGAGCCACCGCCCUCCCGCCACCGUGAACUCACCAGGGAGAAGAGCAGGACACUGGAGGUCGGAGCCGUCCUCAACAAAACCGACUCCAUGUCCGAGCUGAGUCGCUGGGAAAGAGCGCGCGGCAACAAAAACCGGACGCUGGACAACAGUGACCUGCUGCGGCUGUCGGCUGAGAAGGACUCCCCGGGAGCAGGAGGGUUCCUGCUGCGGGGAGGCGGAGGUCGCUCCAGUGAGCGGCGUCUGGUCCGCUUCUUCAGCGGGAUCUUCUCCAGGAGAGACGGAGCGUCCACGUCCACGCCGGUGGGAAGUCCCAGCACCAACCGCUCACUGCGACGCAGCAGGAGGGCGAUGCUGUCGCAGUCGAGCACAGAGAGCAUGAACGGAGGAAGCACUGAGGAUGCAUUUGUGAACAGUCAGGAGUGGACGCUCAGUCGAACGGUACCAGAACUUAAAGUGGGCAUUGUGGGUAACCUGGCCAGCGGUAAGUCGGCGCUGGUGCACAGAUACCUGACGGGAACGUACGUCCAGGAGGAGUCGCCUGAAGCUGACGUGGACGCAGGCGGUCGAUUUAAGAAGGAGAUCGUGGUCGACGGUCAGAGUCACCUGCUGCUCAUCAGAGAUGAAGGAGGCCCCCCGGAGGCUCAGUUUGCGUUGUGGGUGGACGCUGUCAUCUUCGUCUUCAGUCUGGAGGAUGAGAUCAGCUUCCAGACGGUUUAUCACUACUUCAGUCGACUCGCCAACUUCAGAAACACAACUGAUCUGCCACUGGUGCUGGUCGGCACGCAAGACGCCAUCAGCUCAGCGAACCCUCGAGUCAUCGACGACUGUCGCGCCAGGAAACUCUCCAACGACCUCAAACGCUGCACCUACUACGAGACCUGCGCCACCUACGGACUCAACGUGGAACGCGUGUUCCAGGACGUCGCUCAGAAGAUCGUCGCCACCAGGAAGAAGCAGCAGUUGUCCAUCGGCCCGUGCAAGUCCCUCCCAAACUCUCCCAGCCACUCGUCCGUCUGCUCCACGCAAGUGUCGGCCGUCCACAUUCCCCAGACGAGUAACGGCGGCGGCAGCUUGAGCGACUAUUCGUCGUCGGUGCCGUCCACGCCGAGCACGAGCCAGAAGGAACUCCGCAUCGACGUUCCUCAGACCACCAACACGCCGACGCCCGUCAGGAAGCAGUCCAAGCGCCGGUCCAACCUCUUCACCUCCAGGAAAGCGAGUGAGCCGGACAAAGAGAAGAAAGGUCUGGAAGCUCGGGCCGACAGCAUUGGCAGCGGCCGAGCCAUCCCCAUCAAACAGGGGAUGUUGCUGAAGAGAAGCGGCAAAUCGCUCAACAAGGAGUGGAAGAAGAAGUAUGUGACGCUGUGUGACAACGGACUGCUCACCUACCACCCGAGUCUGCAUGACUACAUGCAGAACGUCCACGGGAAGGAGAUCGACUUGCUGAGGACCACGGUGAAGGUUCCGGGGAAGAGGCCGCCGCGUGCCAUCUCCACCUGCCCAGCCGUCCCCGCCCCCAAAACCAACGGGCUGACCAAAGACAUGAGCAGCCUGCAGCUGGGACAGAAUCCAGGCACGGUGACCAGCAGCUCCUCGGUGUCUCAGAUGGCGAGCGGCGUCAGCCUGGUUUCCUUCAACAGCCGCGGCAUGGAGGGCAUGCACCAGCGCUCGUACUCCGUGUCCAGCGCCGACCAGUGGGCCGAGGCCACCGUCAUUGCCAACUCGGGAGUCAGCACAGACACAGGACUGGGAGAGUCGGUCUGCUCCAGUCCCAGCAUCUCCAGCACCACCAGCCCCAAGAUGGAGCCUCCGCCUUCACCGCACGCCAACCGCAAGAAGCACCGGCGGAAGAAGAGCACCAGCAACUUCAAAGCUGACGGCCUCUCUGGUACUGCGGAAGAACAAGAGGAGAACUUUGAGUUCAUCAUCGUGUCGCUGACGGGGCAGACGUGGCAUUUCGAGGCGACUUCGUACGAGGAGCGAGACUCGUGGGUUCAGGUGAUCGAGAGUCAGAUCCUGGCGAGUCUGCAGUCGUGUGAGAGCAGCAAGAACAAGUCUCGCCUCACCAGUCAGACGGAGGCGAUGGCGCUGCAGUCCAUCAGAGGAAUCCGAGGAAACGGACACUGUGCCGACUGUGAAGCUCAGAACCCGGACUGGGCCAGUCUGAACCUGGGCGCCCUCAUCUGCAUCGAGUGCUCGGGCAUCCACAGGAACCUGGGCACACAUCUGUCCAGGGUCCGCUCUCUGGACCUGGACGAGUGGCCGCUGGAGCUCAUCAAGGUCAUGUCGGCCAUCGGCAACGAGCUCGCCAACAGCGUGUGGGAGGCCAACGCUCAGGGACGCCUCAAACCCGGGCCAGACGCCAGCAGGGAGGAGCGCGAGCGCUGGAUCCGGGCGAAGUACGAGCAGCGUCUGUUCCUGGCGUCGCUGCCCUGCGUGGACCUGUCUCUGGGUCAGCAGCUGCUGAGGGCGGCGGCCGAGGAGGACCUGCGCGCCGUCGUCCUGCUGCUCGCGCACGGAUCCCGGCAGCAGGUCAACGAGACGUGCGGCGAGGGGGACGGACGCAGCGCGCUGCACCUGGCCAGUCGCAAAGGCAACGUGGUCAUCACGCAGCUCCUCAUCUGGUACGGCGUGGACCUGAUGGCGAGGGACGCCCACGGCAACAGCGCGAUGGCGUACGCCCGGCAGGCGAACAGUCAGGAGUGCGUGGACACGCUGGCGCAGUACGGCUGCCCCGACGAGCGCUUCCCGCUCAUGGCCACGCCCAACCUGUCGCGCCGCAACAUCAACCGCAACAACAGCUGCAGCAGCAGCGGCAGCACGGCGCUCAUAUGACCACGAGAGGAGGAAAAAAAACACAACUUUCAUCGUUCAAGCCGGGGAACCACUACCUGUCAUGACACUUAGGCCCCGCCCACCUCACCUGGUAACCGUUCAGACUGAUUAAAAACUGAUCGCAGCUCAGUGACGACGCUGCCUCCUUGUGUCCGCUUUGGGAGAUAAUAGAGAGCAUGCUGGGAAAUGUUGUCCACAAGCAUCUGGGAAAAUAAUCACAUGAUUUUUAUUGACGGCCAAUGAGGGCGCAGUCUGAAGCUCAUACCUCACAAACUUUAACACUACACGGCCAGUUCCUCCCACUCACGCGCUCACAACCCCGACAGCCAAUCAGAAUCCACGGCCACAACAUAUCGUCAUCGUCUGUGUGUGAGGCGAGAAAAUCACAUCAUCAAUCAUUUAAACACUCUCUCUCUCUCUCUCUCUCUCUGACGCUACGUGUUUUUAAUUUUUAA